AAGCUCAUCCACGGAUCCACCACCUGCGAUAAGCUCCAGCGGCCGUCGAACAUGGCGAAAAGAGUUUUGGUAACAGGAGCUUCAGGAGUUCUCGGCAGUGCUGUAUAUGACGCUUUCCGUGCUGGCCCCCACACUGUUCUCGGUCUUUCCCACUCCCGAGCUAUGGGAAACCUGGUACGAGCUGAUCUUACCCAGGUAGACCAUACCAGACGGCUUUUCGAAGAAUUCAAACCAGACUGGGUCAUUCACUGUGCAGCUGAGAGGAGGCCAGACGUCGCCGAGAAAGAUCCCGAAGGCGUUGCCAAAUUGAAUGUGGAUGUGCCUCGACACCUUGCUAUACUGGCCAACGACCUCCGCUUUACUUUGGUGUGCAUAUCUACUGAUUACGUUUUCGAUGGCAGGUCGCCCCCUUAUCACCCAUGGUCAGAGCCAAACCCACUGCAGCUUUAUGGAAUGAGCAAGCGAGAUGGCGAAAUUGCCGCCCUCUCUGUUGAUGCUGCAACAGUUAUUGUUCUCCGAGUCCCCGUAUUGUAUGGCCCAGCACCCAAAAAUUCUGAUUCUGCAAUCAAUAUUCUCCUUGACGUCGUUGAGGAUCAGUCUGGAAAGAAAUACAAGAUGGACCACUAUGCUACUCGAUACCCUACGAAUGUCUUAGACAUUGCCGCUUUUUUGGUUCGUUUGUUGGACCGCUUCCCUCGUAUAAUUCACUAUUCCGCACCAGAACCAUUCACCAAAUACGAGAUAUGCUUAAUGUUCGCCAAAAUUCUGGGCCUUCCUCAUCACCAUAUCGUUCCAGACGACUCACCACCCAGUGACGCCACUCCCCGCCCUCGCGACUGCCGUCUGUCCACUAAAGAGACAGAAGAACUGGGUGUGGAGGGCAGUUUGGGCUGUUGCAAGUUUGAGGAGUGGUGGAUCGGUUAUAUGAAUGCAAUUCAGUAGAACGGUGGCGCGGCGGAAGGUCAGCGUGUUCUAAGCAAAUUGUAUCCAUGGGUUAUUCAGCAGUAAUGCAAACACAGGCAGAUGGUGCAUCACAUUCGUGCUAUAGCAUCAUGUACUUGUAAGCUUGAUUUCAGAAUACUACGAGGUGGUUCUCGAUAUUCCACCCAGCGGCCUUGAGUCCUGGCUUCACA